AUGGACCAGGAUAGACAGCAAGGAAUUGGAAGAGCUCGUGGACGAGGGAUCCGUCAGAGAGGUGGGCAUGGGGCCCAUCAAAGGGUUGGUCAUCGGCGAGGGGGAGGCAGAACUGUUGUCUCUAAUGAAGUCCGGGCCAUCGUCGUUGAUCAUGUGGUGAACCGAGGCCUUACUAUGGCAGAAGCUGCCAGAUUAGUUGAGCCAAAUCUAAAAAGAUCAACUGUCAAUUCUAUCAUCCGAACCUUUCGCCAAGAAAACCGAAUUAACAGAAAACCCCAUAGUGGUGGUCGUGGCCGUGUCCUGACCGACCAGCAAGAGUUGGAAAUGGUGAGGGCCAGGAAUGAUAUACGGCUGUCAGAAAUAAAGCAGGAAAUUGAGGAGAACAAUGACACCUUUGCCAAUAUGGCAUCCAUCAGCCUACCAACAGUAGCCCGCCUUUUAAAGCGGCACCAGGUAUCAAUGAAACACAUUUACCUGGUGCCUUUUGAGAGAAACAAUGACCGGGUGAAACAACUAAGGGCUGAGUAUGUUCAGAGGGUUAUGGUGCUUGACGCUGAUGUGAACCAUCACAAGUACGUUUUUGUUGAUGAAGCGGGCUUUAACCUUGCCAAAACUCGUCUCCGUGGACGUAACAUUAUCGGCCAACGGGCCACUGUCCAAGUGCCUGGACAACGUGGAGGAAACAUUUCUAUGUGCGCAGCUAUCUCUGAAGAUGGUGUCCUAGGACGUAGGCCAUUACUUGGCUCCUAUAAUGCUGCACAUCUUAUUGAGUUUCUCAAUGAAAUUGAGCUGGCCUGUCAAGGUGAAGGGGUCACAUAUGUAAUUGUGUGGGACAAUGUCAGUUUUCACCACGCAGUGGUAGUUCAAGCAUGGUUUCAGACCCAUCCUCGAUUCAUGACCCUCUACCUGCCUCCAUACUCUCCUUUCCUCAACCCUAUUGAGGAAUUUUUUUCAGCAUGGAGGUGGAAGGUCUAUGAUCGCCAUCCCCUUGAGCGUGCCACCCUCCUUCAGGCCAUGGAUGACUCAUGUGAUGACAUCAAUGACCUGACUUAUACUGCUGUGUAG